UAACUUUGAGAAACUACUUGACAUUAGGCCUUAACCCUUGCUCAAAUGGGAACUUCAAAAAGCAAACCGAUAACAAAUAGCUAACGACAUCUCGGACCCAAAAACUCUCUCUCUCUCUCAACUAGUCCUCCUUUUUCAUUUUCAAAACCCGUGCAUUGUAGUUGUUCCAAGUUUUUAAAUUUGGGUUCUUGUAAAUUUUAGUACCUUUUGAAUUACAAGUAUAAAGCUGAUAUUUUACCUGGAAUUGCAGGUUCUUGUUUACUGGCACCAUGGAAGGAAUCAUUCUUAGAAGGGUUAUUCCCUCGGACAAUAGUUGUCUUUUCAAUGCUGUUGGCUAUGUUAUGGACCAUGACAAAAAUAAAGCUCCUGAAUUGAGACAGGUCAUAGCUGCAACAGUGGCAAGCGAUCCAGAAAAAUAUAAUGAAGCAUUUCUUGGGAAGCCAAAUGGCGAAUAUUGUACUUGGAUCAUUGACCCUGAGAAGUGGGGAGGUGCCAUUGAGCUUUCAAUAUUAGCAGAUUAUUAUGGACGUGAAAUUGCAGCAUAUGAUAUACAGACCAUGCGAUGUGAUUUGUAUGGUCAGGAGAGGACGUACUCAGAAAGGGCCAUGCUGAUUUACGAUGGACUCCAUUAUGAUGCUUUAGCUAUGUCUCCAUUUGAGGGAGCUCCAGAGGAGUUUGAUCAGACCAUAUUUGCGGUGCAAAACGACAGGACGAUAGGGCAAGCUGAGGGGCAUGCUCUUAAUCUUGUUAAGGAGCAACAAAGGAGAAGAAGUUACACAGACACUGCCAACUUCACUUUGCGCUGUGGGGUAUGCCAAAUUGGAGUAAUUGGUCAGAAGGAGGCUGUUGAACAUGCGCAAGCCACAGGCCAUGUGAACUUUCAAGAAUAUAGAUAACAGAAAGCAGAAACUCUUCAUUUCUCAAGGUCCUUGGUAACUAAAGGAUUUUUAAAUUACACUAUAAAGCUGCUGUAUGCUCUUUUGUUGUUCUUGUAUGAUCAUAUUGAAACAAAGAAACAUUCAAUUUCAGCUAAUGCAUCAAUUCGUAACAAAA